UUAUUUGAAAUUCUUGGUUUAAUGGUGGUGAAUUAACGCUGUUAUUGUGAAUAACAAAUCCUUCUGAGCCACUGAAUUUAGAUGGAAAGUGGAAGACAUAGAUCUCCAUAUUAUCGGGAUAGUCAUCAUAUAUCAUCACAUGCAUACGCUGAAGGCAUUGAUCCAAACCAAGAGAUACAUGAUCGUCAAAGACCAGCAAGCGUCCAAGAUUUGGAAUAUGGAGAAAUGUAUGACUCUGGUAUACAACAACACUCAGCAUCGCCUCGAUUAAACAAUCCUUAUAUUGACCCACUGGCUGGAGGUCGUGGAGGUGGAGGUGGUGGUGUAGGUGCUGGUGGAAUAGAUCAUCGUGCAGCCUCUCUAGAUCGUCGUGGAGAGUAUUACGGUACAUUAAGAGGGAAUUUUGAUUCUCAAAGUGAACGCCUAACAAGAACUACAGUCAAUCAACCAUCAUAUACACUGAAGUCACUUAGUUCAAAUCCAGGUUUAUCGGGCAUACUGGGUUCUUCGAAUCCGUCCGGCCGUAGAGCACAUUCAUACGAUAUGAAUCUAGAGAAGCAAGGUUUAGCUGAUUAUAACAGUCUUUUAGCUGCUGCUGGUGUUGGUACGAACCCAUCAAUUUACGGCUAUCCAACCAAUCCAUUGGUCGAUUACACUGGCAAUUUAGGCGUACCAACAUUUUCAACAUUCGGUGGCUUAGACUACGCAGCACUUCAGAGACCGACAGUUUACUCGGCUUUACCACAAGGACAGGCUACAUUACCAACUGGAUUGAUUCCUCAUAAUCCAACUGCAGAUAUUGCUACACUUCAAAGAGAAUGUGUAAGAUUACAACAUGAAUUACAUGUAACUAGAGAGAAAUUAAAUGCAUGCACGAUUAGUAUACGUACAUUCUGGAGUCCAGAGUUGAAACGAGAAAGGGCAAUGCGCAAAGAAGAGAAUGCUAAGUACGCCAUAUUAGCUGAUCAUUUGCAUCAGUUGCAAUUAGAGAAACAAACAAUGUUGGAAACAUUGCAUAAUAUGGAAUCGGAUCUUCGUCAAGAACGUGAUAAGAGAAAUCGUAGUCGUUUUGCAGGUACUGGAGACUCAGAAAGUUUAAGUGAAUUAGACUUAGCUAAACGUCAAGUAGAUGAAUUAACAUUGGAGAAUCGUCAGCUUAAAAAAUCAAUGGAAGAUGCUGAUAGACGUACUGCAAAUUUGAAAGCUAGUCUGAAUGCUACAGAAGAGAGUUUACGACGAUUAGUUGAUGCCGUAAAAGCUGGUAAAUCUGCAAGUGUCAGUGGUGAAACUGGAACAGCUGCAACUGCAACUGGAGGAGGAGAUAGUUUGACGCAGACUGCAGAUCAAAACUCUAUACCCAGUAUAAAACUAGACAGGAUUGAAGCUGACAGGGCGGAAAUUUCUCGUCUAAGAAGUCAACUGAAUGAGGUUUCAGGUAGGAGAAGUGAGGCAGAACGUCAGCUGUUGGAAAGAAAUUUUGAAUUAUCAAGGAUAAAGGAGGAUUUUGAUGCCCUAUUGCAGGAGCAUAGACAACUUAGACAAGAAUGUGAAACACUUCGCCAUGACACGCGACAAACUCAAACACUACAAUCUUUAGUCGAUACAAAAGAAUCAAAAAUUCUAACAUUAGAAAAUGAAAUACGCCUUUUAGAGGAUGAAAUUACUCGUCUUCGAGAUGAUGGUCUCAUUACACCGAAUACAUCAACCAGUAGUGGAAUUGAUGAUUUGGAUAAAACAUUACAAGUAUUUCGAAGUAAUGAACGUAUUUUAAAAUCCAAGAUUGAAAUGUUGAACGGUGAGAUAUCUAAACGAGAAUGUGAACUCUAUACUUUACAGUCACGUUUAGAAAUGGUUGACAAACAACAACAGGAUCAAAAUCAUCAUAUAAAUGUUUUGAAAGAGCAAGUUAGUACACGUGAACACAAAAUCUCUAUGCUGACAGCAGAUGCUGAAGAUUUUCGUAAAAGAAUAAAAGAAAAAGAAAGUCUUCUGGAGAAAAAGACAAAAGCUUUAAAUACAGCUCAAUCAGCAAAACGACAAAUUGAACAAGAAUUAACUGAACUCAAAGAUCAAAUGGAUAUGAAAGACAGAAAGAUAUCAUUAUUACAAAGAAAGAUUGAAAAUGUGGAAGAUCUAUUAAAUGAUAAAGAGACACAAUUGGCAACAGUUCAAGCUCGUAUUUCUCGUAUCAGCACAGAACGUAUUGGUACAGACGGUAGUCGUAUUGGUUGGGAAGAAACACUGAAGGAUAAAGAUCGUCAAAUUGAACGUUUGAAAGAAGCUCGGCAAAGAAGUGAUUCAGAAAUCGUCGAAGAGUUAGAAACACAAAAACGUUUGAACGGUGAUUUAAGAAAUCGUCUAGAUGCUUUACAAAAAGAAUUAGAUGAGAAGGCAACACAGUUGUUAGAAAUACGCGAGGAAACAAGCGAUUAUCGAACAUCUCGUUUUAAAAUGGAAGCUGAAAUUAGUCAACUGCAAACGCAACUGAGUCAACGAAAUUCAGAGGUGACUACACUUCAAAUGGAGAAACAACUUCUUCAAAAACAGAUAACUACUGAGUCAGAUAUGAAAUUCAUUCAGAGGACAGCAGAGCUAGAAGGUCAACUGAGUCAUUACAUGGAAACUUCAUCUAAACUUCAAGCAGAGGUUGAUCGUCUACUUCGUACAAUCGAUACCGAGAAAUUUGAUAAGGAAAAUCAAUUGCAUGAAUUAAAAGAAGAGCUUCGUGAAGCACAAAAUAAUUUGAACAAUUUGAAACGAAAUCAACAAACAGAAAGGAAAAAAUUAACUCAACAACUUGAAGAAUCAAGGCAAAGAGAGGAGAAUGCUCAGUCUGACACGGAAAUCUUAAAGAGUAUCAUGUCAGAAAAAGAUGGAAGAAUUCGUGAACUUGAACAAGCAUUAAGAGAAAGUGUGCGUUUAACAGCUGAACGUGAAAUUUACGCUUCCGGUCGAGAUGAUGAGACAAGACAUCUAGAACAACAGGUGCGUGAACUACGCAGUAAUCUGGAACACUUCCAACGCGAAAGAAAUAAUCUAUCAGCUCAGCUGGCCUCGGCUCAAGAAGAAUUAAGCGAUCGUGAGAAUCAGUUGAAAACACUUGAACAAGAAUGUUUCCAGAACUAUUUGCCUGAACUAGAAAAGCUACGACGCUCCAAUCAUGAAGCAAACUUACGUGUAGCAGCAUUGAUCAAGUUAUCACAAGGACGUGAACAUUCUUUAACUGAUCAGGAUCGUGCUGUGUUGUCAACAAUUCCACUCUUCCCCAGUGUGUUACUUCAUAGCAGCUGGUCUGGAAUGCCAGGUGCUGGAGAUAAUAUUGGACCGACUUCUGGUACUGGAAGAUCAGGAUAUUUAACACAAUAUCAUACUGGCAGUGCUGGUACUAUGUCACCACAUUUAGCUGGAAGUGCAUUCCAACUGAUAGGGAAUGCCUCUUCUGGUCUAGGUGUAACUGGUGGUAGAGCUUCAGUACCAGGCCAACCAAUGGCUAGUCCAGAUGUGGUCAUGCUAAACAAAAUGUUACAAGAUAAAGAAAAUAUGCUACAACAACAUUUACAAGAGUUAACUCGACUACGAUUCCAAAAUUCGGAACUUGAAAUCCGUUUGAAAGCUACACAAAGAGAGUUAGACGCAAAAGCGACUCGAUUGAAUGUUCUGGAAGCAGCACAGUAUACAUCAUCUACUGGUUUGCACGAUCUGGGCACACGAUCACCGUCUAGUAAUCAACUGUCUAAAGAAUUGGCACAACUGCGUAAAACAAAUCAAGAGUUAAGUGUGAGAUUUAGUCAACUACAAAUGGAGUUGGAUGAACGUUCACGUAGUGGUACAUCAGUUACAGGUACUACUUACGAUCGAUUGAAGUCUUCAACAGGGUUGCACACAACAGAUUUCACAGAAAUGGCUACUCUCAGACGAGAACUUGCUUCAGCUAAAGCUGAACGUGAAGUAGAGGUCGCCAGUUUAAACAGUCAAAUGGAGUUAAUCAAACGAGAACGAGAUGAUUUAAGCGAAAAAUUGACUGGAAGUAAAUCUGAUCUUACUGAGAAAAUUAAUCAACUUCGAACAAUUGAAGCAGAAAGAGACAAACUUAUUCUGGACAGGGAUGCUCUGCAGAAGAAGUAUGAAUCAGUCCUUAAUCAACUAAGUGAAAAAACUGAAAGCCUCAAACAACUGGAGAAAGACUGUGCGAAAUCACAUAUUGAAGAAAUAAAACGUCAAAAAGCCGAUCUUGACGAUUUGAAACAUCAUGUUGGCUAUCUGCAGAAUACUAUAAAAGAACGUGAAACUCGUAUCGAAUCUGUUGAAAAAGAAUCAUUUAAACUUCGUGAUGAAUUGACUAACGUACGUAAACAACUGGCAACAGCUGAAGCUGAAGUAAAAAGUCUACGUGAUGAUGCUGUCUAUCGAGAAGAAAGGAUUAAACAAAUACAGAGUCAAUAUACUGAGGAACUUGCUCGACUGCGUUGUACCAAUCAAGAACAAGUGACACGUAUUGGACAUUUAGAAAUGAAGUUAGAUGAAAAAGGACAUGAAAUCAAAUCCCAGUCAAGUGAAAUUCGUUGUCAAGCCGAUGAAAUUACCCGCUUACAAUCAACCAUAGAAGAAACAAAUAAUCGAUUAUCAGUCAGUCAAAAACGCGCAGAUGAACGUGAAACAAGACUUAGAAAACUUGAAAAUGAGAAUCAUGAUCUAUUAGAUGAAAUUCAUGGCCUACGUAAAGGAAAUACGGAAUUGGAAAGUCAACUAGACAGUUUACGGCAGCGUUUAUUGGAUCGUCAAGAUUCCACUGAACCUAUCACAUCCUUAUCAAGUACAAUACCACUAACAUCUUCAAGGAUUUAUCAGCCAAGUAUGGGAAUAACUACAGCAUCUAGUCAAGAAUUGGAGAGAUUAAGAAAGCAGUACUCAGAAUUGAAGACAACUUGUGAACAAACACAGAGGUCAUUGGAAGAAGCUCAAAUACAAUAUGACCAACUGAAAAUUCAGCGUAAUACCCUUCAAACACAACUUGACCAGGAAACAGAAAAACGACAAAAAUUAGAGGAGAAACUGAAAAGUAAAGAUGAUGAAUUAAGAGCACAACUCUCCGAAUUGCGUGGUCCAGCACAAUCCACUCAGUUAAAUAUGAAAAUAGAUGAACUUCAGAAAGAACUGGAACGCAAAGAAGCGCAAAUAACAUGCUUAAAUAAGCAAUUAGAUCGUCAGUAUGCGUCGUCAUCUGUUACACCAGAUGUACGUCCUACAGAUACAACUAAUCAGCAGUUACUGAUCGCUGAUUUACAAGUUCGUCUACGUCAAGCCAUUGAAGAUAGAGAUAUGGCUCGAGAACAAUUGGCGACAAAUCUAGCCAGGGCUGAAACCUCGACACUGGAUUUGCAGCAACAAUAUAUGAUGGACAAACAAACUUUACAACAACAAAUUACAAAUCUUACACAAUCUAUGCAAAAUGCUACAAAUGAAUCAGAACGUUAUCAAAGAGAAUUUAAACAAGCAAGUUCACGUGUUCAACAACUUAGUCGUCAAUUACAAGAAACACAAUCUAACUGUGAUUCAAUUGCACGUCAAAGGGAUAGUUUAAGAGAUCAAUUAGAUCAGCUAAAACGAAGUAUGGGACGUAGUGGAUCAAGCACAAUUGGCAGCAUUUUUGGUAUGGGUGGUUCAACAGGCGGAAUGCGUCCAGCCUCAGCUGGCCCUGGCAGUUAUGACAGUGUACCGCUUUACGGAUCAACAGCUGGAACAACUCACCUAUCCAGAGAAAUGGAUCGAUUACACAGAGAAUGUGAAAGUUUACAAAAUCAGCUUAGAGUUAGUCAAGACUCAGAACAAGAAGCUCAGAACCAGGUGGAGAAAUUACAAGGUGAAGUGAAAAAGGUGACAAGCGAUAUGGAACAACUUAAAGAAAAAUUGAAAGAAUUAGAAACACAGAAAUCUGAAAGAGAUAAUGAAUUGACAAAAGCUCAACGUGAAUGUCAAGUACAAAUAGAUGAAGCAAAAGACAAGCUAACCCAUACACAACAAUUACUCAUUGAAAAAACUAAUCAGCUUGAAAAUGCUGUGAAUCAGUUGAAUAAUGUGCGACAAUACUGUUCAGAACUUGAACAACGUGUCAAUGAAAUGUCACAAAGAUUAAAUAUGGCUGAAUCACAUACACAAUUACAAGCAGAUGAAUUAAAACGAUGUCAUCAACUUGAAGUUGAAUGUAACCAGUUGCGUAAUGAGAUGAAAUCUAAAGACGGAGAAAUACAACAUUUAAAACUUCAAUUAGAUCAAAUGAAUAGGGAAUAUCAAAAUCAGGAGAGAAGAAUGGAACAAAUGACUAUUGAGUUAAGUACAACACAAGCAAAUGCAAAUCAAAUGAAACAAGAAAUACAAGUAUUCAAAGAACGUACAAAUGAACUUGAAGCACAAGUCAGUAUGGCAAGUCAAACAGUUAAAGAAUCAGAAACAGAAACUUUAAAUAUUUUACGAGCUGAAUUAAAAGAUGCUGAUAUCAUUAAACAAAGACUACAAGAACAAUUGAAUACAUUACAAGAAGAUUUAAGCAAUACCAGACAAGAAUUGGAUGAAAAAACAAAAGCCUUAGAGGUUUUGGAAAAUACUCAGAUUAGAAAACAGUCUGAAGAAAUAAACAAUUUACAGAGAGAACUGAAUAAUGCACGUAUGCAAAUCGAAGAACUUGGUGGUCCAAUUGAACCUGGUUCGAAAGCUAGAGCAUCGCCUCUGAAAAUGGAGAUCGAUGCAUUGAAAAAGGAAGUUAGCAGACGCGAUGAUAUACUUAAUCGUAUGGAAAAAGAAUGCCAAGAGAAACAUGUACACCGAAUUGAAGCUAUGCAAUCACAGCUACGUCGUUUUGAAGAAGAAAUCUCCAACCUUAAUCAAGUGUUAGAUGAACAGAGAGCUGGAUUAGAAGAAAGAGAUCGUGUAAUACGUCAACUGCGGUCAGAUCAAGCUCAAGGAUCGUUAAUUGAACUUGAAAAACUAAAAGCUGAACAUAACACUUGUAAAGAUAAGAUUGAACAAUUGAAUAGACGUAUUUCCACUUUAAAUAAACAAGUUGAAGAUCAAUCUGAUGAAAUUUUGGCAAUCAAGUUAGAAUCCCUUACGGCUUCUUUGUGUGAGAAGGAGGCCAAUAUUGCUUUGAUGGAAUUAACAGCACCGAAGAAUGCGGCUAGUAAUCAAGCUCUUGAAAAAUUACGCACUGAACGUGAUCAACUUCAAAUGCAACAAAAGCAGUUGAGCAAUACACGUGCUAUGCUUCUCGAAGAGAAAAUGUCACGUCAGUGAAUUAGUGGUUUCAACAGAAUUUCAGAAAACAACAUCGAUUCAUCAAAAUAACCUAACCAUUAUUUAUUCUCUAACUUGUAAGCUGUUUUUCGAAACCAAACCCAAUGGGACCAUACGUAUAUACUGGUCCGUAAGACAGUAAACGUGCAAUCAUGUCCAGGGGUGACUUAGGUUAUUUUAUCUAAAUUUCAAAUUGAAUUUACAUGAAAAUUGUUCAAGUAUCGAUUCGAAUAUUUCUUUUCAUAGUCUUUUUUCUUUUUCACCUUUCGAAGUAUUCUCUCAAUAACUCUUACUCCAUUUCCCCUUUCUGUACAGAUUAUACGACUGUAUUUUUACUACACAUUGUAGUAACUAUUCCAAACACAUAUAUAUGAUGUUUAAUUGUGAUACAGAAUUGCAGUUUUGUAACUAAAGUUGAUAUAUUCACUUAAAUAAUUACGAUACUCUUUGAAUUCAUAUCUAGUUAUUAUUAUGACUAAUUUUAUUACUAAUUAUAUUUGACUACAUUAUCAAUACAUCACUACAUCGAAGUCACUAAUUCAUCUAUCAGGAUGGUAAGAAAAUCUUGUCCAACGAGGAAUAAACCAAUACUGUUCAUCAGAAAUAUGCAUUUUAAACCAUUCAUCUUAUUAAUAUCUGUGUGUUUACAUUUUUGUCUACUAUUUACCAGUCUUAUUAUUCUUAUUAUAAGCAUUUCUAUUAUGAUAUUGUUGUUAAACUUUUCACAAUCUGUUUACCUUUUAGUAUUAUGAUAAUAAUUGGUGAAAAUAUUCAACUGUUCUUUCAUAUAAUUCAUGGUAAAAAUUCACAUUUUAUCAAUGGCGAACUUUUUAUGAACAGUUUCUGCUUUAUUAUUGUUCAUUAUACUUUUGAAAGGUAUGCAAUAAUAGUUUUCUAUAAUAAAAAUGGUC